AUGAAUUAUGUGGUUAGUUGUAUUUCAACUUAUCACACAAGUAGUUGGGUGGAGAGAUUAUUAUUCUUGGCGUUAAAAUUUUGGAAGUUUUUUAUCUGUAUUGAGAUGCAUCCACAUAGAAAUGUCGUUUGUAAAUAUUUUGCCACUAUCAUAGCUUACGCCAGGAUUUGCAAAGGUGUAACUGAGAUAGAAGUAAGAAUUGAGGCAAAUGGUACAUAACAUUUAUGCCAUCCCAGAUUCUAACCUUACUAAAAAGGAUUGUAUUGGAAUCUAGCUUAAGUGGAUAAUAUUUUUUCAUGUGGAUUCCAAAAUUAUUAUUUAACAUUGGUGAUGGAGUUGCUUUCUGAUGGACAUUAUAAAUUUUAUUGCCAAAGUAAGUAAAUUUAUACAUUAGAUUUCAAUGAUAAUAUGAAUUAGUUCUGUUUGAUAAUGUCCUUUUAAAAAGGGUCAUAUAAAUGCUAACUUUGUAAGCGUCCAUAUUACGGAAAAGGACAGGGUUGCUAGUUAGCGAACGGUGCAUAUGAUUAUGCUUCUAUGCCUGCGAGAUUGCAACCAUUAUGGUUGUCUAUAUUGUAAUUCGGAUGGAAACUGUACAAGUUGUCAUGA